AUGGUUUUUGCAGGGAAAAAUUUGGUCGGACUGAAGCUAGCUUAUUCAGAUAUUUUGCACGUGCACAUUGAGAUAACAAGCACCGCCACCCAGCAAACAUGCGGAAUAAGAUUCUGCGGAGACCCGGCAUUUGAUGGGCCCCCAAUUCAGUACCCUUUUUAUCUGAAAGGAGUCCAAAGCGAUGAUUGUGGGUGCCCAAACUUCGGAGUUUUCUGCGACAACCUUAACCAGACAUUGAUCACGCUCGGAGAUGCCGGAGAUUUUGUUGUCAAAGAGAUCUCUUUGAAGGACCAUACAACUUCGAUGAAUGACCCAGAUAACUGCCUCCCCUCACGCUUCCUCAAAGGCUUGGACCGUCAACUUCAACUGCCUGACUCCUUUCAGUUCCCUCACAUCAAGAUACCUUGCCUCAGCGGCACAGACGGCGACAAUUCCUCGGUGAUCGCUGUUUUGUUUGAUCCUGCCUCUCCAACAACCUCGAAGUCGUUCCCAGGAUGCCGGCAGAUUUCCUCGUCCUUAGUUCCAGAUGAUACUUUCGAACCCGCGUCAUGGACAAACCCUUACUCCGAUAUUCGCUUGAAAUGGAACGAACCCUACUGCAUACUCCCCUCGUAUCCGGAUUCUGCUGAUGAUGACACUACUUGCUAUGACAAUUUCCCAGGGACUAAGGUGGGACCGAGCGGCUUGCCACGACGGAGGACGAACGGAGCAGCGUCGGAGAGGAACACGGCGGAAUCUGUUGAUGUGGGAAUGGGGCUUGAUGAGUCAGCCAUUUAG